AAACAAAUGUAGGCUGCUGUAAGGCAAUAUAAAAUCUAAAAAACAACAACUCUUUUUUUGAUUUCUUGAUCUGACACGUCAUCCAUUAAUCAUCCAUGAAGAACCAGUGAAGGAUACCAGAAAAAAAAAAAAACACAUUCUGAGAACUACAUUUGUGAAGUUUUAAAACCUGUUGUUGAACAGCAGUUCAGCUACAACAACGUCUGGAAACUUUCCUCCAUGUUUUGCUCUUUUCCAGUGAAUUAGGUCGCAGUAAAUCAAACCAAGUCCUUCAAACCCUUUGUUUCUUGGAAACUUGGAUCCAUCCACACAGCUUGGACUUUUUCACUAAAAUACUGUGAGCCUGUAAACAGAGAUCACUGCAUCAGUAUCAGCAGAGUUCAGUCUCAAAUGUAGGAGUUUGAGUGUUUGGACGCUCCAACUCCCCAAAGUCUGAUUUUUCUGCCUAAUUCACAUUUGACUGCUGUUGGUUACAGUCACUGCUCUUUAAACGGGUCAAUGAAAAUAAAUCAAUAAAAAUGACAGACCACGGGAUUUCCGUCUUUAUUUUUGACAUUCCUUCUUUCCCAUAAAAACAAAUCAAGAUUUGCUCAAAACACACAAAGAAAAAAUAAACACGGAGUAACCAAGAAUUGACUGAAUGAAAACCAAACAGAUACGUUUGUAAGAACAUGAAUGUACAGUAUUUAACACGGUUAAAUGUCAGCGGGAUGGAGUUUUUUUUUCAAUCCAACUUUUAUUUUCGCGGGGCGCAACCGGAAGUAGUGCACCGCGCUGUUCCGCUGAGCUUCAGCUUGACCAGGCUCCCCUUUCAUCAGGAAUGUGCGGAGUCUCUCCGUCAGCCUGAAGCAGGAAGGUCUGUGGAAAAGUUCUCAACAUGCGGCGUCUCCGAAGAAAGUGAGUAGAAGUGAGAAAGAAGAGAGAGAAAAGAAGAAGAAGAAGAAGAAGAAGAAGAAGAAGAAGAAGAACGGGAGCUGAGGAGAAUGAACUGAAGCAGAAAACAGGAGAAAAAGAGGGGGAGAAGCAGGAGCAGCAGGAUAAGGAGGAGCAGGAGGAGGAGGAGGAGGAGGAGGAGGAGGAGGAGGAGGAGAGGGACCGUUCACUACCAUUGAUCCUGUACCGAGUAAAGAUGCAGACGUCUGCUGCCGCUGCCGCCGCCGCCGCCGCCACCUCGCCGACUCUGACUCUGGCUCUGCUCAGUCUUUUCCUCAGCCUGGACGGGUUCUGUGCUCACGGCUCGGAAACCAACCACGGGCUGAGGCAGAGCGGCAGCACAGAGGAGGGGCAGAAGAAGAAACAGCCGCACAACAUCCUCAUCCUCACAGACGAACAGGGCUUCAAUGACAUUGGCUACCACAACCCCAGCAUCAAGACCCCCACCCUGGACAAACUGGCAGCAGAGGGCGUGACCCUGGAGAACUACUACGUCCAGCCCAUCUGUACCCCAUCCCGCAGUCAGCUGCUCACGGGCAGAUACCAGAUCCACACUGGACUGCAGCACUCCAUCAUCAGACCCAGUCAACCCAACUGUCUGCCCCCACACAUGGACACACUGCCUGAGCGCCUCAGACAGGCUGGAUACAGCACUCACAUGGUGGGGAAGUGGCACCUGGGCUUCUACAGAAAAGCCUGUCUGCCCACCAGGAAAGGAUUCGACAGCUUCUUUGGUUCUCUGACAGGAAGUGUGGAUUAUUACAGCUACAGCUCAUGCGAUGGUCCCGGCCUGUGUGGAUACGACCUCCACCACGAUGAGGGCGUGGCCUGGGGCCAAGAGGGGAAAUACUCCACCCUGCUCUUCACCCAACGAGCGCGCAGGAUCCUGGAGGAGCACCGCCCCGAAGACAAGCCGCUCGUCCUGCUGCUCUCCCUCCAGGCGGUCCACACUCCUCUUCAGCCUCCUAAGACCUACAUCUAUCCCUACCGUGACAUGGCCAACGUGGCCAGGAGGAAGUUCGCCGCCAUGGUCUCCACGGUGGACGAGGCGGUCCGAAACGUCACCUACGCCCUGAGAAAGUACGGGUACUACAAGAACAGCAUCAUCAUCUUCUCCACUGACAACGGAGCGCAGCCGUUCACAGGAGGCAGCAACUGGCCCCUGAGGGGCCGCAAGGGCACGUACUGGGAGGGAGGGGUCAGAGGUGUGGCGUUUGUCCACAGUCCCCUGCUGAAACGCCGAAGAAGGAUCUCCAAGGAUCUGCUCCACAUCACCGACUGGUUUCCUACACUGGUCAACCUGGCUGGAGCCAACAUCAGCCAGAGUCAGGGUCUGGAUGGUUUCGACGUCUGGCCGACCAUCAGUGAAGGGAAGGAGUCUCCUCGUCAGGAGAUCCUCCACAACAUCGACCCCCUGCACAGACCUCCUGCUCAGACCAUGAAGUGGGAGGUGGCACCAGGAGGAGCUCCAGGCCGCACGUCCAAGGUUAAACCAUUCAUGAAGCCAAAGAAGAAGCUCCAGAGGCAACAACCAAACCAGAAGCAGGCCCUCAAGCUGAAGUCCACCAGGAAACCUCAGACCUUUUCCAACCACGCUGACAAACCCAAAUCCAAACUAAAGUCCAAGCCUUCUUCUAAACUGCCAAAGUCCAGACCUCUCCCCAAACCCAAGACCAAAACCUACUUCCAACAGCAGUCACUGUCCCAGUACCAGCCACACCUCAAGUCCACCCCCAGUGUCCUUCCAUCUGUGACCGAUAAGUCCGACCUCAAAUCCCUGCCUCUGGUCCAGUCUCAUCUAAAGUCUAAAUCCAGGAGGACGGUUAGCCACAAGAAAAAGAAGAAGAAGAAGAAGAAGAAGAAAAAGAAGAAGGUUUCAUGGUCAGGAUCAUCAAAAUCCACUUCCACAAAACUAAAGGUAACGUCCAAGAGGAUGACAUCACAGGAUCAGAACCAGUCCCAGACAGAUGCAUCUGUUCCCACAUUUCAACCAACAACUUGUUCCGGUCCAAAGUCUGAUCCUCAGCCUUCAUCUGGAUCCCAGCCUGAUCCUGAACCUUCAUCUGGACCUCAGUCUGUUCCUCAACCUUCCUCAGCAUCUCAGCCCGAUCGCCAUCCUCCACCAGGACCUGAGUCAGAACCUCAGCCAGUGUGGGACACAUCCAUCCAGGCUGCCAUCAGAGUGGGAGACUGGAAGCUGCUCACAGGAGAUCCAGGCCAUGGAGACUGGGUCCCACCACAGGUUCUCCCCUCUCUACUUGGUCGCUGGUGGAACCUUGAACGCACCUUCUCGUCUCACUCCCGAUCCAAACAUCAAAACGUCUGGCUCUUCAACAUCACAGCCGACCCGUACGAGCGGCAGGACCUCGCACACCAGAGGCCGGACGUAGUCCAACAGUUGCUGGCUCGGCUGGCCUACUACAACCAGACCGCCGUUCCGGUUUACUUCCCUCCAGACGACCCUCGAGCCAAUCCCAGUCAUCACAGCGGCGCCUGGGUGCCCUGGGUGGAGGAUGAGGAGGAGGAGGAAAAAUAUCAAGGUGUGUACAAGAAGGAGAAGAACGUGAAGAAGAAAAAGAAGAAGAAGAAAUGUCGCCUGUGCAAACUGAAGUCCUUCUUCUUGAAACUGAACACGGGAAUGAUGUCCAACAGGAUCUAAGGAUUUUUUUUUUUAUAAACACGUCACAGAGUUGAGCAUUUUAGAGAUGUUGACGACCUUCAGUAGAAGUGAACGUCCUUUAAAGUGUCCAUUCACUGGCUGUAGUCUUUUUGGACCUGGGUCUCCUAUGAGGUCCUUGAAUCUGUCUCUGGAGACAGAGUCUUACAUUUCUUCUUGUUUUACUGCCAUCUUUGGUCACAGUCUUCUCUCAGGUCUGUCCGUUAGGAUUCUGAUGAUCCACGUCCUCCCACUGCAGUAGGUUUUGGAGGUUUCGUCUGUGGGAGUCUCAAUCUUUCUUCUUCUUUGCUCUGGCUCAGUGUCACAACUUUUUACGUUUUCUCAACCUCGUUAAUGUGAGAACACAGCGAGAACUCACCUCGGUGCUCCAGGAUCUCUGGGGAUUGAGUUUCUGAAUGUCCCGAGACAUUUUACAGAGCGGACGGAUUAAAAACCAGCUUCAGUUUCUGUCUGGAGGUUUUGGCAGAAACAGACAGUGGCAGUAAACUCUUCCUCCACACUGUAGUCAAUGAUGUUGAACUUUGAAUGGAAUCCCGUCGUCAGAGACGUGAUGCAGACACAGCUGUAGGUUUACAUCAGCCCAAACAUUUACCUUUUUUUUUACACAAACUGCUAUUUUUUCUGUCACUUGAUUCAAGUUAACAAUAAAAAGUUGAUGUGUUAAUAAUAAUUAAAUUAAUAAUUUUUUUUAAAAACAGCAACUUGAAAGCAACUCUGUUCUGUUGAUGAGGGUAAUGUUCUCACGGGCCAGUCUUCAGGGUCAGCUCACCUGACCAGACCAACCUGACCUCUGACCUCUCACUCUUUAUCCUGCAGCAGCCAACUUGAUGGCCAUGAACCACAGACUUUUGAACAUGUCUUUUUCCUGACGCUCUUUGACAAGACGCUGCCCUCUAGCUGUCACAGGAGUUCUUACACCUGUACCAAUCUGUACCAGUCUGUACCAGUCUGUACCAGUCUGACCCACCUCUGAAAAAAAUCUGUCUGUACCAGUACCACUAGUAUGAACAAAGGCAUGAGAGUCCUGGGUUUGAUUCCCAGAGGAACCACAUGCUUACAAUAUGGGAUAAAUAUAGUUCAAUUUUUUUUAUUAACUACAAAAUAUGAAGAGAAUUUGUUCCUGAUAAUAUUAGACUAUUGAAGUACUACUACAACCUAUAACAGUGACAUCACUGUCCAUAGUCCAAGUACUCCUACACGAACCGUAGAUUGAGAACCGCUGAGCAUCUUAGACAGUAUACAGACGAGCAUUAUGCGAGGGUCUCUACAGUCAAAGACAGAGGAUGGAAGCCCCGACCACCAGAGGAAACUUGGAGCGCUGUGUUAGUCUGUUGCCCUCACAGGAUCGGGACACCUAACCUCCACAUAUUUCUGUGUAUUUGCUCAAUUUCUAACAAACCUGGUCUGUGACUGUGAGGGCGGGCCGCGGAGUUCCAGAGAAAACUCUUUAAAUGCACAAGCUGCCUCCACCCUGAACAAAUAAAGGGUAAAAUAAGAUGGAGGACGACUGUUAUUAGUUAGUCUGGGCAAAUCUCAGGCUUCACACCAAAAAUAUGAAAUAAACUAAAAUCCAAGAGCAGAAUUUUAUCAACUGAUCCCAAAAACAACAACUUCAGUUUCAUCAGGGCUGAAGAACAGAGCGCAGGGUUUUGGUUUCAGAUCAGGUGUCAAGAAUCAUUUUUUUCAUUCUAGCAGGUCUGAAGGUCUUGUGACCUGGAUCCUGGUUUUUGUUUGGAUAGAUUCAAACAGAAAGUAUUUGUUCCUGUGAAGACCUCUACCUCUCUGUAGUC